UUAGGGUGGUUGUUAGUUGGGUUCGUUUGGUUUGAGGGUUUUUGUGAGUGUUGGGAGCGUACGGUACGUUACUGUCGUCUGGGAUGGGAGAUUGUGGUGGUGGUUUUAUAUGCUGCGAUAUCAGGGCUGAGAGAGGAAGGUGCCGUCGUGGACUGGUGGUUGUCGAAGGUGGGAGGUUGUGUUUGAGCGUCGUUGGGUGGGUUGGAUGGAGGUUGUCGCUGUGGUCCGUUGUUUGUGGGUUGCCGGUUGGUGUGUUCUUUCUAUUCUGGGUGGAAUAUGGCUGGGAGGUUCUUCUUUGGUCUUUGAUGAUUUAGAGCUGUGGUCCUUGUUUGGGAAUUUGUUUCAGGAUUGUGUUAUUGCGCUUGUCUGGUGAAUUCGUGGCAGUGAAGUGAG